AUGGAUCAUAUUCCCAACGAGAUUCUGAGCCAUAUUCUCAGCUAUCUUCUCACCGACAGAGAAAAGCGCCGUCUACGCAAAGACUCAAUCUGUCACGUCUUGCCGCAGAGCGAGGACACAAUAGAAGACGACUUUGCUUCCUGGCAUCAACUUCUAGAAACAGACUCUAUUAGGAAUGCCAUCCGACGCGUCAACAUCGAAACCGCGCCGUGGGAUUCUGCGUUGGAAGAGGGCAAUGCCAUUCUAUUUUGGCCGGAUUCGUGGCUUGAAAACGGCUACUGGCCUGAGUUUGCAUCCGCUAUCGACCGCAUCCGCGACAUGCCAAAUCUCAACUCCAUCACUUUGCGCUUCUCCCUGUUUUGCCUAACUGCAGAACGUGACGAUACAGUCUUCCAAGAGCCGAAAGGAACACGCGAGAGGACACUUGAGCUUAUAUCAGAAGUACUGCGGAAUCGUGAAUCCCGUCCAGGGAGAAGUACCGUUCGAGAGCUAGUCUUGUCCAACCUUGAGGAUACCCCGCUGCCAACAGAUCUGACCCACAGUUUAUUACGAAACAUCGACCAACUACACAUGCGCUUCGUUUACGAAGUUGAGGAUCGCGAGAGUAACGUAUUCUCAAAAUAUUUGCAAAAGACACUGUUGCCUUCGGUCGCCGAACGACUGGUUGAGCUGACGCUUGCCGGUUGGCUCUGGGGUGCUAUCCCAGUCGAAUUCAAUCCUAAAGGUCUAUCAUUUCCACGACUCAAACGACUGAAGCUGGAUAAUUUCAUGAUUAUACGACAAGAUCAGUUUGACUGGGUGCUUGAGCAGCGGUCCCUAGUUGAUCUUCAGCUCUACAAUACCAGGAUUGCGACACAUUGUGUUUUACUUGCUGUAGACCAGGACGAUUUUGAAUACUGGGGCGUCAACCUACAUGGAUGGAAAGAACUGGCAAACAAUCACGAAGUGAAUGGUCCACCCCUUGGUUCCAUUCUCAACACGCCACAUUCUGGAGAACUUCGGCCCGGUUGGUACAUGAGUGACUUGCGAUGGUCAAACAUGUUCGAUCGCAUCCAGCAACAUUUGCCGCUGUUGAGAAAUUUCACUUUCGAACAUUCAGACUUCGAAGAUUUCUUGGAACACUAUCCAGGUAGCCCGGAGGUGUACUGUAUGGGCGAGAGGUACUGGACUUACGGGGAAGGAGGCUGGUCCACGAUGUGGUAUAAGCCAGCAAGAGAGCAUGAGUGGGAAGCAACUCCCUUUUUGGAGGACGACAUGUCAGGAACCCCAGUGGGUUUAUACGAGCGUACGGAAGCAGCUGAUCGACGUGCAUUAGAGAAGCUGAUGGAAGUGACGCGCAAGCGACGUGAGGGAAAAUAG